ACUGCCCUUGCAUUGUCCCAGGCCUUUUUGUUGCCUGGGGACAUGCAAAAAGAAGUUGCAAUGUCUCCAGACAAUCUUCUCAGUUCCUUCAUGUCCCACAACGCCAAGGUGAUGCAAAAAAUGGUGGCCAUGGCUCAAAAACUUAGCCAAUCAGAGCCCCAACGAGCAAAACUUGUCAGUGAAAACUCCAAGCUCCAACGUACCAUCAUCAGGCUUGAGAGAGAAAGGAACCAGGCCCAGGGGGUUGCAGAUGGCCUGAAAGGACAGUUGAAGGGGACUGAGGACAGUCUUGCCCAGACUUUGAAGGAGCUCGAGACGUCCCAGAAUGAAGCCAAGGCUGCCUUUGAAAAGGGAUAUAACGAAGGAAUCAAAGUUGCCACAGAGAGCUACACAAACCAGAUGCCUGGAAUUCAGGAUCAAGUUUGGGUGGCGUCUUGGAGGGCCUGCCUUGAAAAAGCAGAGAUUCCUGAGUCAUCUCCACUUUGGACCAAUAUUGAGCUUCCAAGCGCAGCAGCUGGUGAUCAGGAGGAAAUUGCUGAAGAGGGAGAUGAAGAACAGGUCUUGCAGACAGCGGAGCCUCCUGUUACCGAAGUGGAGCCUCAGAGUGAUAUGACCAACUCUGGCCAAAAGGAAGCCAGUGGUGGUCAACGUGGAGAGGAAACUGCCACUGAUGAUGUGAUUGCACCAGUAGCUCCUGUAAUUGCUCCUUCUUCUGUGCAAGAUCUCACUGAAGAUGAAUGA